AGCCAUUUUGGUCAACACCCUGCUUACUGCGCACAACCAAUCCUAUCAGAACUCAGCAUCCCGGCUCAUCUGAGCAGAUCCUAGAAGUGGUUUCUGCAGUUCAGGAUUUUUUUAAAGCUAAACUGAAAAUAUUGGUUUAUUUUUUUGUUGUUGUUCAUUUUUUUUUCUUUUGUUGUUUUUUUUUCUGCACAAAGAAGGAGGAUUUUUCACUUGUACAUGCAGAGGCCAAUUUUUUAAAGCCAGCUAAGGCGGCAGCUGUGCAGGAUUUAAAGCCUAUAGCUCCGCUGAAGAAGAAGGGGGUAGGGAAGGGAAGAUAAAAGGAGUGAAGCAGGGAGAAGACAAGCAUCAUUUUAUUUUGCUAUGUAGUAGAAACCAUCUAUAAGAAAAGAUAGUAUAGAAUUGUUUAUCUUGAACAGUUGGUUCUUAAACCAUAAGAUAUUUUUCCUUGUGUGUGUUCUUUUUUAACCUCCCACACCCCUUGAGAGCUUUGUUCCAAAGCUUUGGAUUUGGGGGGUUUUGGUGAGGAGUUUUUAUUUAUUUUUGUCGGGUGUGUGUGUGUGUGUUUGUGUGUGUGUGUUGUGGUCCCAGCUGAGUCAUCAUGUCCGCUCUGACGCCUCCAACCGAUAUGCCAACCCCCACCACUGACAAGAUCACACAGGCUGCCAUGGAGACCAUCUACCUUUGCAAAUUCCGAGUGUCUAUGGAUGGAGAAUGGCUCUGCCUGCGAGAGCUGGAUGACAUCUCACUUACGCCUGACCCAGAGCCUACCCAUGAAGACUCUUGGGAGGAUUUGACAGAUUUGGUGGAGCAAAUGCGCGAUGAUACAGAAGAUCCUAAUUAUCUCAUGGCUAACGAGCGCAUGAACCUGAUGAACAUGGCCAAGCUGAGUAUCAAGGGCUUGAUUGAAUCAGCUCUGAACCUGGGGAGGACGCUGGACUCGGACUACGCACCUCUCCAGCAGUUCUUCGUGGUGAUGGAGCACUGCCUGAAACACGGCUUGAAAGCUAAGAAAACUUUUCUUGGACAAAAUAAAUCCUUCUGGGGGCCUCUAGAACUGGUAGAAAAGCUUGUUCCAGAAGCUGCAGAGAUAACAGCAAGUGUUAAAGAUCUCCCAGGACUUAAGACACCAAUAGGCAGAGGAAGAGCCUGGCUUCGAUUAGCAUUAAUGCAAAAGAAACUUUCAGAAUAUAUGAAAGCUUUGAUCAAUAAAAAGGAACUUCUCAGCGAAUUCUAUGAACCAAAUGCCCUCAUGAUGGAAGAAGAAGGAGCCAUAAUAGCUGGUCUUUUGGUGGGUCUGAAUGUCAUUGAUGCCAAUUUCUGCAUGAAAGGAGAAGAUUUGGACUCUCAGGUUGGAGUAAUAGACUUUUCAAUGUAUCUCAAGGAUGGGAACAGCAGUAAAGGUAGUGAAGGAGAUGGCCAGAUUACUGCAAUUCUGGACCAGAAGAACUAUGUAGAAGAACUCAACAGACAUCUGAAUGCUACUGUAAACAACCUUCAGGCAAAAGUGGACGCAUUAGAAAAAUCCAACACUAAACUGACAGAGGAACUUGCAGUUGCAAACAACAGGAUUAUUACCUUGCAAGAAGAAAUGGAGCGAGUUAAAGAGGAAAGCUCCUACAUAUUGGAAUCCAAUCGGAAGGGUCCUAAACAAGACAGAACUUCAGAAGGGCAAGCACUAAGUGAAGCAAGAAAGCAUUUAAAGGAAGAGACACAAUUACGACUGGAUGUUGAGAAAGAACUGGAGAUCCAGAUCAGCAUGAGACAGGAGAUGGAGUUGGCCAUGAAGAUGCUGGAGAAGGAUGUCUGUGAGAAGCAGGACGCCCUGGUGUGUCUGCGGCAGCAGCUGGACGACCUCAGGGCUCUGAAGCAUGAACUUGCCUUUAAGCUGCAGAGUUCAGAUUUAGGAGUAAAACAGAAAAGUGAACUAAACAGUCGCUUGGAAGAGAAGACGAACCAGAUGGCUGCUACCAUUAAACAACUUGAACAAAGUGAAAAGGAUUUGGUGAAACAGGCAAAGACCUUAAAUAGUGUAGCAAAUAAAUUGGUCCCCAAACAUCAUUAGGCGUUUUGCAGUUGGUCACCUCGCAAGUCCGAUAUCACAAUUUAACAGUAAAAGAAAGAAAUCUGAAAGCUAUUACAUUUAGGCUCUGAUUUAUAUAAAACAUUACCAAAAAUUGACUUUGAAUUUGUUGGACUUUUGAAAAAAAAACAAUUUGAUAUAUAGGCUGUUUUUUCUUCUUUAUUUUCUCCCCAGAGUUAGAAAAUUUAGUAUAAGUUCUUAAUUAAAUGCCAAAUAAACUUCAAAAAGUUACUCUUGAGUUGACCAAUAAAUAAAUAUUCCGUUUUAAAAAGAAGCCUAGGGAAUUGAAGCUUUGUACAUAUAUUAUUGAUGCCUUUACAACCCAGUCCCUGACAGUAUCACAUUCUAGAUGCAUUGUCUCUGUUAGCGAGCCUGUUCUGCCAUUGCGAUGUAGUGAACUAGAGGUGACUACCAUAUGGACUUGGACUCUUCUCAAGUAGUUGUGUCUCUUAAGCCAUGACCCCUUUCACUUUUGUUAUAUAGGUUUAAUCCCCAAGCCAGGAUAAGUACUUAGUAUUUCACUACAGUAACCAAAUUGCUUGCCUUAGUGACUCUGGGGGUGGGAAAAACAGCAUCCUUACAUUUCUUUAAAGUACAUAGAGAUAAAGUUAGCAAUUAGGUAACUUACGAUAACAUAAUAAUGUGGAAGCUUGGGAAAACCCUCCUAAUAUGUGUCAUCUUCUACCUCUGCCAUUUUCCUGCAAUUCCACUUUCUAUUUAAGUAGUUCAGAGGGAAUAAUUUUAGUAAAAACACUCCUCUCCUAUUAAAAAAAAAAAAUACACUACACAUAUUUUAAAUCUAUUGUGCUUUUCCUUUUGGAGUACAGAUGACAAGGAAUUGACAUGAGUGAUGGUUUCCUGCCUAGAAUUCCAUGCUAGAAAUAUUUUCUUAAGAGUUUGUUUCUGUUACGUUUUGUUUAGAUGGGGAUUUGCUAAGUUUCUAGGAAACUAACAAUCUAAUUAUUAGGAAACCAUUCCAGAAUAGGAAAUAGAUAAAUGAUAAAAACAUAUUCUUUAUAAUUAUUUGAUCUAAAAAUAAAGAUUUCCAAUAGACGUCCACAAACAAUAAUAAGCAGGGCGUCUUUCUCUAAGUGACUACAAAUGUAACCCUUUAUAGGCUUUACAGUGUAAAUACUCCUAUAAAUAAUGUGAUUUUUUUAAAAUGACUUGAUUUGGGGGAACAAGCUUUAAUAAGCCUUCAUCCCUUCAAAAAGUCUUGGCAACUUUUUUUGUUCUCUUUUUUCAUUCUGUUAUUAUUUGCAGCAUUUCAGCUGCUUAGGUUGGGAUAAAAAUAACCCCUUCACUUCCUGCUCCUGAAAUUCUAUACCUUCCUGGAAAAACCAGAAUUAAGAAGAUAAGUUAGAUUUCAUGUAUGCUUUUAUAGGUCCUUGCAGACUUGAACCAAAGGCAAGGCAAAGAGCACAUGGCCUACCUCAGGGAGGAUCCUGUGCUUUCAAUUUAUUUUACUUCUUAUAAUUUGCACCUAUUUUUUUAACUUCAACAUUUUGUGGUGAAUUGCCUUUUCUAUGAGCAUUUAGAAAGAGUGCUCAAACACCAAAAUAAAAACAUUUUAAAGACUACACAUAGCAUGCUUCCAAAUUGUAUUAUAUAGAGCCCUGGGUGUUUCACCUCUUAGAACAUGCUUCUUUAUAGGUGCAAAGUUAUAUGGAAGAAAACAUUCAUCAGAAUCUUCCAGAGAAUAUGGUCAGGAAUUCUAUGAAGGUCCCAUGCUGGAUUUUUUGUCCACUUAUUGACACACCACUUGGUAGGAAUAGAAAAGAAAAGAGAUGGCCAAACUCUGACAAAGGCUUCUCCUUAUGUAUAUUGUCCAAUGAUUUAAUACAAUUCGAGGUUUAGGGGAAGGACCAGGAAAAUGUUCCAGUUCCGUAUAUAAGAAGGUAGUUGCCCACUUGCAAGUUCCAGUUAUGUGUAUACAACAGAAAUAUAAAGUACCAAACCAAUUAGGAAAUAAAAACAAACAACAAAAAAAGUGGAUUUAACUUUAAUUACUGUGUGCUUGAGGUUGGCUUUGGAUAUGGAUUUUCUAAAAAGUGAUGUUUUGUUGUUUAUCAUCUAAUGGCUGUAAACUGUAGUACUAGAAUAAAAAAAAAAUGGAAAAUCA